GACUUAGUUCGCUUAGUUCCUUGAACAGAUCACAUAUUUUUCCUCUUAAAUUAACGCUGACCUAAUCAUAGUCUGGCCUUCUGGGAGCUAAUAUACCUGUUUCCUGCGCACCAUUGUCUCUCUCUCUAUCUGGCCUUGUUCCCCUAUUUCCUACUCGCAUAUAGAAUUAUAGAUUUCCUAGAUUGAUAAAUAUAUACAUAUUAUGUAUGUAUAUGUGUAUGUAUUUGUGAAUGAAUGAUGGGUAUGGACUUUUGGCUCUCCCCUGCUAUUGCUUCUUUCCUUCCCUCUCUCUUCUUGUUUCUCACCCCAACAUAAACACAAACAACGAUCCAUCUAAAUUUAUGAACUUUUUGAUCCUCUACGUGUAAUCCCCAUCAAUAACUACCCUAGACCUUCUCGAUCUCUCCAACCAUGUCCCGAGAACCCUCUCCUUCUUCUCUGAUCGUUCCUCAACCGUCUCCUCCUCAACAAAACCACGGCUCUCUUCCCCAAAACGACGACGUACCCACUACACAAAACGACGCCCCGCCCCCUGUCACCACCACCACCACCACGAGGAGUAAUCGUCCCUCCCGCGCUUGCACCGUGAGAACGGCCGCUCGACUACACGAGGCAGCGCGACAGCAGAGCCUGACGUUGACGGAGCGGAGGCAAAAGGCUAAGAAGGAGCAGAACAACCAGCAGUUGCAGCGAAACGAUGAGUCCCCGCAGCAAUGCAGCGGCACCAGUAAGAUUGUUACGCCGCUGGUGGGGUUACCGGAGCCGUCUCAAUUGCCACGGUGGAGCCUCCGCUCUAUGUGGGAAUUAGCUUCUGUACUCAAUUUCCUGAAUGUCUUUAGUCCUCUUUUGAAUAUCACGGUUGAGUUCUCAGCAGAGGAGUUGGAGACGGCAUUGAUUACACCCAAUAACACUUUGAGUGACUUACAUAUACCUUUGUUAAAGGCUAUCCCGCCUGUUACCCGAAUGGCCCUCACACGUGAUACCUGGAUUACUGUUUUAUGCAGAAAAUUGAGAGAUUGGUGGCAUUGGGUAGCAGAUGGGGACCUUCCCAUUGUUGCCUCUCAUGGGGUGGAGAUUGAAGUAUAUAGAACUCUAGAUCCUGGAGUUCGUGUGCUGAUUCUGAAAGCAUUAUGUGACAUUCGUGUUGAGCAAGAAGAUAUCCGCAAUUAUAUGGAAAACUCGCUCAAACAUGGAGUUCAACUUUCUUCAUUUCGUAAAGAACGUAUUGGAGGUGAUUCACAUGGUAUUAAUUACUGGUACGAAGAUGACCCUGUAAUUGGUCAUCGCUUGUAUCGGGAAAUAAGAAAAAUUGAGAUGAAGAAAGUAAAGACGAAGGGUUCCCAGACACUUCCUAAUGCUACAUACCAAUGGGAAACAGUUGCUACUAAUUUGGAAGAAUUUCAAGAUGUUUCUGAGAAACUAUUUCAAAGUAAAAAUCGGACGGAGGCUUCUCUAGGGAAGAGACUAAAGAAUGAUAUGCUUCCUGAGAUUGAAAAGGUUCAUAAGAGGAAGGAGAAGUUACUCAAAAAGCAACACAGGCAAGCUCUACUACUCGAUAACUUUUUGAAUAUGGAUGGGCAUGGUCCAGGGCGCUCUCUGCGUGACCGAAAGCCUGUCACUUAUACCUUCGAUGAUUAUGAUCGAUCAAUCAAUGAAGCUAUCAAAAUUACCAAGCAGAAACCACCGUCGCCAGAGCCUAUUCCAAGACGCGAAGAUUUUCCCAAACCUGAAGCUAAUUCAAAUGGUAAAUGGAGUGGUCCUUCACGUGAGGCUCAACUUGCCACCUUUAGUUCACUGUCUCCCAAUUCACCUGAUUACAAUGAUCUUGAUGAAGAGCAUAAGCCUGAAUCUUUGGACCGAAGCAAUCGACGAAGACAAAGACCUCAACGGUAUUCAGUGAAAGAGUUUGUUGAGGCAGUCUCUGAUAAUGAUGUAGACUUUGACAGUGAUGAUGAGAUUGUUGGUGAAGCUGUAUAUGAUGAUGAAUACCUGAGGACACGUAAACAGAGGAAGCUGUCCAGCAGUUCUGAAGGAGAUGAGGAGUACCGCGGGGAUGAAGAAAAUGCUGAAGAUGAGGAGGAAGAAGAAGAGGAGGAUUCUUUGGGCAUCAGCGAGGACAGUGAUGAACCCCAAAAAUUUAAAAAAUUGCCUGGUCGUACUAGAAGGGAAACUAAAUUAAGGUCGGUUGAUGAGCUUCAGUUGGGACUAAGACGCAGCAAAAGGUCCACCAAAAACCGUAUAAAUUAUCGGCAGUAUGAGCUGACAGAAUCAGAAACAGAGUCGGUGAAAGAUGAGAAAUCAAAUGCAUCGGAUGAACAUUCUGAUGCAAGUGAAAAUGCAGAGUAUUCAGAGGAAAGUCAAAAUUCAGAUGUUAAGAAUGAUAACCAGGAGAUGAAAAAUGAUCAGCCUGAACAAGUUUAUACAGAAACAGUAGAUAAAGAAGAACAAAGUCAGCAGCCGGAAAAAUCAAAUGGCCCUGGCCAAGAUGAAGUCGAGGGUGUACAAAAAAGGAGGUUCCUCGACCUAAAUGAACUUGCACCAGGUUCUGGUUUUGAUGAUGGUCCUAAUUCAAUAAUAAAGGAUGAAGGCAGAGAUGAUUUAUAAGCUUCCCUUAUACUGGCAAGCACGGGGUUAUUUCUUCUUACGGGGAAGCUGUGUACGAUGGUAAGCAAGUCAUAAAUUUUGUGAUAAGCCCAUGAGGUCAUAGUAAAACUUCUUCAUGGCCUUAAGUAUGCAACCACCUGAUGCAUCUCAUUCGCGACUUGUAGAAAGGUGCGGCAGCAUAUUUGUAAGAGAGAUGUAGAUUAGGAAGUCAUUUUUUAGCACGCGAACGUUGAAUUUGUUAGGAGUUGUUUAGCUUAUCUGAUUAGUGUACCAUAACCUUUUAACUGAUAUUGUAAUUGAAGAAUUUGGCAUUUACGUAGCCUUGUAGCUUAAUCUUUCAUAAUCCUGGUGAUUGCCCUGCGUCUUCAGAAUUCGGGAUCCUUUUCCUUGUUGUAAUAGACUGUACUUGGUAUAAAUUACCAGCAUUUUUGGGAUUGUAAUAA